AUGGCCGCGAAGUCGGACGGAGCAGCCGUGUCUGAGCAGAGUGAGACCCCGUCUCGAUGUCUGGUCGGACCUGAACAACGCCCAACCCUGUACCGGUAUGUCGGAACGCCGUACACCCUCGUGGACUGUUGCUGGGUGCUUUGCGCUCUCCUGGUCUUUUUCUCCGACGGGGCCACCGACCUGUGGCUGGCUGCGGACUACUACCUGAGGGGGAACAAUUGGUGGUUCUGGCUUACGUUACUCUUCGUCGUGGUUCCCUCCACCGUGGUUCAGGUGUUGAGUUUCAGGUGGUUCGUCUACGACUACUCGGAGCUGAGCGGGACAUCCAGCGGAGCAGCUCCCGAAGCAUCGUCCGGAGGUGAUUUCAGCACCAAGGGCAGCGAACAGCGGUGCACAGGCAAUGCUGCCGGGGCCAAUUCGCUGCCCGCGACGGGCACAGUCAGCAGCACCCGGCGGUGCUGCAGAGCCUGCAUGUGGAUCUUUCAAUCCGUCAUUCACGUCCUGCAACUGGGGCAGGUCUGGAGGUACAUCCAUGUGCUGUACCUGGGCGUGCAGAGCCGUUUCCACGGCGACCUGGAGCGGCGGCACUUCUACUGGCGGCUGAUGUUCGAGAGCGCGGACAUCAACAUGCUGCGCCUGCUGGAGGCCUUCCUGAAGAGCGCCCCGCAACUAGUACUGCAGCUUAGCAUCAUGAUACACGGCAACCAGAUACUGCCACUACAGGGCCUGUCCGCCUCGGCCUCCCUGGUGUCUCUGGCCUGGAUGAUCGCCUCUUACCAGAAGGUGUUGCGAGACUCGCGGGACGACAAGCUGCCCAUGUCCUACAAGGCGGUGAUCGUGCAGAUGCUGUGGCACCUGUUCACCAUCGGGGCGCGCACCAUCGCCUUUGCCCUCUUCGCCUCCGUCUUCCAGCUCUACUUUGGCAUCUUCAUCGUGGCCCACUGGUGCGCCAUGACCUUCUGGAUCAUCCAGGGCGAGACGGACUUCUGCAUGUCCAAGUGGGAGGAGAUCAUCUACAACAUGGUGGUGGGCAUCAUCUACAUCUUCUGCUGGUUCAACGUGAAGGAGGGCCGCGCCCGCUUCCGCCUGGGCGUCUACUACUGCGUCACUCUGGUGGAGAACACGGCGCUGACCACCGCCUGGUACCUGCACCGCGGCCCACACUCCUCCGACUUCUACUCCCUGCUGAUCGUGUGCGUGGUGCUGUGCAGCUAUGCCCUGGGCACCUUCUUCAUGCUGGUGUAUUACUGCUUGUUGCAUCCCGACGGGCCGAUGCUGGGGCCACAGUGGAGCUGCGUGGAGGAGGGCAUCGGCGGGGUGAUGGGCCUGGGUGGCGGCGGGGAGUUUGCGGAGGGCACCCCGAUUCCGACGCAGGACGUGGUGACCAGCCCGCCGCGCACCCUGCAGAGGACUACGCGGGGCGGUGGCGAGCGAGGGGACGGGGCCAUGACGCCGGGCGGCAUGCCGGGGGACCGGGACAGCUGCGUGCCCGUCUUCCAGGUGCGCCCCCCCAGCGCGCCGCCCUCCGCCCCGUCCCCGCGCACCCCGCGCCUGGAGGGGCCCGUCAUCCGCAUCGACCUGCCCCGCAAGCGCUACCCGGCCUGGGACGCGCACUUCAUCGACCGGCGGCUGCGCAAGACCAUCCUGGUGCUGGAGACCACCUCGCCGGUCACGCCGCGCAUCCAGUACCGCAGCCUCACCAACCCCAAGGAGGUGACCGAGUACGAGACCACCGUGUGA